GGAAGGCGGCUUUUUGAAGGGGGAAUAGGCCGGCGGAGGAGAUGAGUGCCUCCAGGUUUAUCAAGUGCGUCACGGUGGGCGACGGCGCCGUCGGCAAGACCUGCAUGCUCAUAUCGUACACCAGCAACACUUUCCCAACGGAUUAUGUCCCUACGGUGUUUGACAAUUUCAGUGCAAAUGUAGUGGUUGAUGGUAACACGGUUAAUAUAGGUUUGUGGGAUACUGCAGGCCAAGAAGAUUACAACAGACUAAGACCUUUGAGCUAUCGAGGUGCAGAUGUUUUUCUGUUAGCCUUCUCUCUCAUAAGUAAAGCCAGCUAUGAAAAUGUGGCCAAGAAGUGGAUUCCUGAACUGAAUCACUAUGCACCUGGAGUGCCCAUAAUUCUCGUCGGAACAAAACUUGAUCUCCGGGAUGAUAAGCAGUUUUUCAUGGAUCACCCUGGUGCCGUAUCUGUAAGUGCUGCUCAGGGGGAAGAAUUGAGGAAGCUAAUCGGUGCUCCUUCCUACAUCGAGUGCAGUUCAAAGACACAGCAAAAUAUAAAGGCAGUAUUUGAUGCGGCCAUUAAAGUGGUACUCCAACCACCCAAAAAGAAAGGUAGGAAGGCGCAGAAGGGUUGCUCCAUCUUGUGAUUACUAUGCACAUGAAAGAAUUCUGUGCUAUCAACUCGCAAUUGUAGCAAGUCAUGGACGCAUCAGGUCUCUGUUUCCCUUCCUCCUUUCUCGUCUUGUGAUUUGUAUCGACUUAUCGAGCGUGCACAUCAAUGUUGCAUUGAUCUUCUGAGUCUGUUUUGAGUUGCAGACAUGGUUUUUGUAUCUCAAUUCGAUCACUUGAAAAAGCUUGUUGACGAAGUGCAUUUUGCUGGUAAUUCAUGUUUUGAAACAGCGUGAUGGCUUCUUGAUUGCA